UCUUCCCUUUGCUCCGCCUGCCCAUGGACAAAUUUUGGACCUCGCUUCUUGCUCUGUGCAUGCUCCUCCACCACACCAUGAGCAACACCAUGGAGCUGAUCAGGGUCGUGGGUGAGUCCGCGACCUUCCUCAUCCACGACACGAGAGGCGGAGAGGCAGCAGUGUGGAGUUUUGGGAGCAAUCCCAUAGUGACUGUGUCAUUUAAAGAUCCUUCUCAACUCAUAUUUUUAAAAGACAAAUUCAGAACGCGUUUCACCAUCUCCGAGAUGGGCCGUGCACUCAGCAUCUCCAAGCUGAGGCUGAAGGAUUCAGGGACCUACUCUGUAAAUAUUAACGGAAAAAUAUCCACCUUCACCCUCCGUGUGUACAGUGAGCUGGCAGAGCCCACGGUGACCUGCGAGGCCCAGAACUGCUCAGGUGAGAGCUGCUCCAUCUCCCUGAGCUGCUCCACGUCCGGCACUGGGCUCGGGAACGUCUCCUACACCUGGAGGGUGGGAAAUCAUUCUAAGACAUGGGAAGAGAGCUCCGUGGUGCUGCAGGUGAAUAAAUCCUCCUCCUCGGAGCCGUUGACGUGCACGGCACAGAACCUUGUGAGCAACAGGAGCGUCACCGUCACCACCAGCAGCGUGGUCUGCUCAGAAAUCUCCACGCGCCCUCCCGACCUCGGCGCCCACUCCAGCAGCAGUGGCAGAAUCUGGAUCAUGGCUGGGCUUGGAGUGGCGCUUUUACUUGGUCCCCUCCUGCUCUUGUGGAAAUCCACAGGCUGGAGGAAACUCCUUUGCACCAAAUCCACGCCUACGGAUCCAGUGUCUGCAUCCAACACUGUGUACGCUGAGGUGAGCUCUUCCCAGCAGCACGCCUCUAACGGAAUUAAACCCAAACUGGGGGAUGGGGAACCCUCCACAACCAUUUAUUCCCUAGUCAAGCGUCCAGACCAGCUCCUGGAACAAAAUCUGACUCCCAGACAGACUGAGGAAGACUCUCAAAUGUUUAUUUUUCCAAUGGAAUCCUGGAAUUCCCGAAGUUGGAAAAGCCCUCCAGGACUCGGACUAACACUGGUCCCCCUGACCAAAGGUUUCCCCGGACACCUCCAGGGACAGGCAGUUCCAAACUGUUCCCUUUUUGUACGGAAAAUUGUAAGGAAAAUUUUCUUUUUAGUGUGGAGCAUUCAUUUUUUCUUCGUCUGUAAAACAGCUUACCUAUAAAUAAUGCCUUCAUGAAGUCUAUUUUUUUUUUUUAUCUGCUCUUUCCUCUGUGUUUUUUAUCUCACAAAACUUCAAUUUCUCGGCUGAAAAUAACCCCAGGAAGUUGAAUUGAGAACUUUGCACUUCCGUGUGGUUUCAUCACCUGCGCCCCCUUCCCCUCACCACCUCCGAGACCUGUCAGAUGUUCUGUACCCUCCAAAAAAUAAAAUAAAAUUAAAAUAAAAUAAAGUAAAAUAAAAUAAAAUAAAAUAAAAUAAACAAAAAAUCAGCCCCACCAAAUCCCUGCAGGGUCAGGAUUUCAGGAUCUGGGAUUUUGGGAUUUUGGGAUAGCUCGGAAAGAAAACAACACGUGGAGAGAGACUUUGAUGUGUUUGGAGAUGGGGUUUUGAUUUUGGG